AUGAAGACGUCCUUCUUUUCGCUCCUUGUCAUCUGCGCCCUCACGGCCGCUAAGGACAGCCGGUACCUCCGCGCCGCGGGCCAGGCCAACUCGGUCAUUGAGAAGGUGCCGACGGUGGACGUGGUCGCCGAGGUCCCUGCGGUCGAGCCCACGCAAUCGUGGAGCGACAUCCUGGACCACAGCGGGGAUGACGAAGACGAGGACUCGUCCGAGUGGCUCGCCAGCGCCGACGAGAGCGCGGCGGUUGAAGCCGAUGUCUUGCUCACCAAGGCCGAGACCGCCAUUGACCAGCUCAUGGCCGUUGUGGCGUCGGUCGACGACCUAAACGCGGCCGAAAAGGCCGCGUUGGCGUUUGCAGGCACGGUCGCCGACGACAUUGACACGCUCUUCAACAACGACGACGCCGUCGUUGCGUUGCCCGAGGGCUCGUGGACCGACAAGAUUAAGAAUGGUACCAAGACCAUCAGCGACUGGUUCCAUGGCAAGAAGGACGGUGACGAAGGCGACGUCCAAGUCGUCGUGGUCGAAGCCGCCGAAGAGGACGUUGAUGACUUCGAGGAAGCUGAGAAUGCCGACGGUGACGACGCCGAAGACGCCGAGGACGCUGAGGAUGACGAUGACGACAAGAGCCUCCUCGACAAGAUCUUUGGAUCGGAUGACACCGAGGACGACGCUGCCGUUGCGUCGCCCGAAGGCUCGUGGACCGACAAGAUCAAGAACGGCACAAAGACCAUCAGCGACUGGUUCCAUGGCAAGAAGGACGGUGAAGAUGACGAACUUCUCAACUUGGACGAUGUGAACGUGGACGACGUCCUCGACUCAUUGGACGUGGACGAAGAAGCUGUCGUGGCGGCGGACGAGGGGGACGACGAUGUGGGCCUUUCGGACUUGGACGACUUGACCCUUGAAGACGUCGUGGAGGACUUGAACGCGGAAGACGCCGACGACGACGAGGCCAACUAA